AUGGAUGAAGUAAAAAUUGGUUAUUCGCUGACACCACAUCAUAUAUCAGUCAUUGUACUGAUCUAUUUAUACUGUUUAAGAAAUACUGAUGUUACUUUGGAAAUUUUUCUCAAGUUAAUAUCACCUACAAUUGAACCACUGGAUUUCAAUCCUAUUAUUAACAAUCGCUCGAACCAUGAUAAUUUGGAGGAACCACCCCUUUUACCGACAUUAGAGGAUAUCGUUCGAUAUCUAUUACUGAAGGAUGAGAAAACGCUAGCUUUGAAAUUAAUGAAAGCUUUACAAACAAUCGAAUCUAUUGAUAUUGUUUCAGAUUUAUUGACAGAAUUGAAGCAACAUUGUAUCGUAGACACUUAUAAGCGGCAAAAGGAGAUCCAAGUAGCCAAGGGGAAGAUUUUUACGAAGACCAGUUUCAUUGGAAGGUACAUUACCUCCUGUAUAGCAAGGAAAUCCAUCGGGAAUCUAGAUGAUAGGGAGUCAUUGAGGUUUUCUUUCGCCAAUUAUCUGGAUACCUUUGAAAAGACCCAAUUAUAUGAAGAUCUGAGUGAAGCACUGAUGAUGUUUAAUUUUGAAUUUGAUAUUGCUGUCGAAAAAGAUGGGGGCAAUGAUAUGGUCCAGUUUUUGAAGCACGCAACGAAAGAUCUCCCUCAUGAAUCAAGGUCGAAUUUGAUGCUUUCUGCAGAGCAUUUGAGAAAUUUGUUGAACUGGCAAAUGUUCAGAAUUUCCACAAACCAGGGAGAAGACCUCGCAAUAAUGGAAAUAGUGGAUAGUGUAUCGCUGCAACUAUUAACGAGAUUACCCUCAAUUCAUAUGCUAAAGUAUUUGAGAUACCUACAAACUAAUUCCUAUCAGGAUGCGUUAGACUCGUUGCACAAUUAUUUCGAUUAUAUGGUAACAAGGGGAAACAGUCAAUAUUUUCACAUGUCAUUACUUUGUCUAGCUACGUUUCAUACGCAUUUUAAUGAUUCUGUGGCUGCGAUCAAAACCUUCGAUGAAGCAACUAAAGUUGCCCGCGAAAAUAAAGAUACAGAAUCACUAAACUUAAUUUUAGUUUGGUUGAUUAACUUCAUUGAGGAGCACCCGGAAUACUCAGCGAAAUUUCAACUUCAAGUUGAUCAAAUAAUCAAGUUUCUGCGAUCAUCAAACGAAACAGUAAACAUUUCUGUUUUCGAAAAUGCAUAUAGGUAUGAAUCAUUAAUCUCCUUGCGUGAAAAUCAUGACACAAUUCAAUUACUGGAGUCAUCAUUUAAAUAUCUGAUAAUUGCGCUACAACAGCCACGUUCAAAGGAAUCACUUCGGUCUAUGAUGUCAUACUAUCAUAACCUUUGGAAUACACUGGGUUAUACCACAUUAUCUGAGGUUUAUUCAGCACAAUACACGUUGGAUGAGGUUGAUCUUGAAAUUUCAACCGUGAAUGAAGAGCUUGAAAAAGGUGAGACCAGAUCAGUUCGAACGUUACUAGAAAAGUUGAGUCUUCCUAAUCUAAAGUACAAUCAAAUAAUGGGUAUUAAAUUACUUGAAGUGAAGUAUUUGAUAUUUUUAAAGGAAUUCAACAAUGCAAUGGGAAAACUUCUAAAAAUUGCUGACAACUCAGUGGCUGUUAACUCUGAUUAUAGAUGGAAGUUUGAAUUUGACAAAGAAAAAUGUAGAAUUUUUCUUUCCACAAAUCAAGGUCAAAGAUGUUUACCAUUAUUACAGGAUAUGAUUAGACAAAGUAAGUCGAAUAAGCACCCGCUACAGUGUGUUGAGUGUAUGUUAUUAUUAAGUGAAGUUCUCGUUCAAGUGCACAAACGUGAAGAAGCUAAAAUGUUGCUAGAAGAAAAUCUGGCAGCAGCGUUACAAUUUCCAAGAUAUAAAAAUAACGUCACAAGACUAAUUUCGAAGCUUCGAUGA